AUGUCCUACAAAGAAAUCGUCUUUACUGUGGCCGAAUUCCUCGCCACCUGCCUCGACAUCCACGCCUGGAUCGAUUACUACCAAAUUUUCCGCCCUCGCCUGCUCGAUCGCUCUAUUCCACAGCCCGAAGUCGACGCGAACAGGAUGGGCGCCUUCACCGAAGACCCACAGGUGUCCAUCGACCUCCAUAGGAUGGGGAUACCGGUUUGGCUGCUGCGUCCGUCACACGCCAUCCCGAAGGAAGGCAGCGGGCGUAUGAGCGUCGUGGUCGAGGGGAGCCAAGCCAUGAAACCACACAGCCUCGUUCUCGAGGACUUCAACAACGGCGGCAAGCCCGAUCCUUUCCACACUAUCGCGAGAGGGCUGCCAUCCACAGACCUGUACGAAUCGAUGCACCGCCUCGUGUGUCGCGUACCAGACCUGCGCAUCGGCUCCGCUAUGGGAGCGUCUGAAUGGCUUGGAAAGGAGAGAUGGAGAGCCGCAGCAGAAGUGCAAGCCGCCCCUGAAUCAACCAACGGAGGAGCUGACCGCCGCCAACACCCACCCUGCCGUACAUCACCUUACACGCCUUCAGGAAGCCGCCCAUCUUCAUCCACCGCCGUACCAACAGACCGUUCCAAACUGCUGCCGAAGUUGUCGCCGGAGCAGAGGAAUCGCUUCCGUGAAGUAAACGUCGACUACUGGCCACCGGCGAUCCAUGCGUGGCAACAAGCGCUGUCGACGGUGGAUAUCGACAAACCUCGCGAGAAGAAGGAUGGAGAUCGUCUCGGAUUUGGCCUACCUGACCCAUUCGCCUUCUUGAAACAGCAAGACCGGUUCCAUGUUUGCCUCGCAUGGCUCAUGUCUCGACCGAUUCACAUCAAUCGGUUGCUCGAAUCCACAGACAUCACCGGCGCGCAACCCCCUCCAAACCUUUCCGCUUUCCAUUGGCGAAAUUUCCUCUAUGGCUUAAAGGUCAAGCACAAUCUGUUUGAGAUCAGCCCGACGCCCACACCUGAUGCAUCUCAACCCGGCGUGCCCUCGACAACUGCCAAGCCCCCGGGUUCUGGUAAGAGACGACGGAAUAACAAGGAUUCCCGCGACUCCAACCCGCAUUUCGACUCUCUCCUCGAACUGUUGACGGCAACUCCGCCCACGCCGACUUCGACUUCAUCAAUUUGUUGGGGUGACUAUACCAUCCCGAUGACCUCUCUUGCCGCCAGCCGCCAAAUGUUUACCCCCAAUUUCUUUGCAGAAGUUUUGUGGGAACUCCACGAAACCAAUUUCCGCCUUGAACUUCUUUUCCUCGAUAGGGCUUUGGCUCCUCACAAGUGGAUUGAAGGCAGCGAUGAACAGCUCGUGGUGGAGCGUGCACAACGGGACAUCGCCGUACGUAAAUGCUUCGCCCGAGAAUCCGAUGGUUCCAUUGCACCAAGCUACGUGGUUGGCGUGAUUCCGAACACGAACAGAGGUUGGGCGGCGCAGGACUGGAGUGUUCGUCGAGAGGUAGCAAUGGGUCUGCUCCGCUUGAUGAAGGAUUGGGAUGGGUGCAGCGAUGAAGUUCGAAAUUAUCGCUUGGGUUAUUGCGAGUCGAGUACCGCUAAGCUCGAGACCCUCGUCACCUCCACCUACUGUCAACGUUUCUUCGACCAAUUCGGACGGGCACCCAUUCUUCCUCGGCGCCUACCUCUUACAUCCACUCAGCGUACACACCCUGUUCCUUUGAAUGCCAUUUCGCUCGUGGGGAAGACCUCUGUGAUUCCAUCGUCGUGGUAA